AUUUUGUUGUACUAGUAGUCAUAAUUGUAGGUGGAAGGGAGAACAACAAAAACAGAACCACAAUUGAAGAAUACCAAGUGAUAAGAAAAGAAUGGGAUCUGAGACGUUUGUGGAAGUCAUACUUGCAAUUCUGCUGCCACCACUUGGUGUCUUUCUCCGUUAUGGCAUCGCGGUUGAAUUCUGGAUAUGUUUGUUAUUGACAAUAUUGGGCUACAUACCGGGAAUUAUAUAUGCUCUUUAUGUUCUAGUUGCUUAAAAAUAUGUACUACGUAUUAAGAAACUACUCCUACUACCAGUGUACUUGGUUUUUGUAAUUGUACGAUACAAUGUACUCUUUCAAGCCAUUUGUUAUCUUGAUUUUUUCCCCUUCUAUGCGUGUUAGCUUUCUUGUAUAAAUUUGUGUGAUUUUACCUUUCUAUAAUAUUCCUAUUUCAAAUGU